GCUAUAGAGAAGCUACACGUACUAGCUUGAAUUGGUUCUGUGGAGCAUUCAGGCCAGUCUAUUGUUAAUAAUUUUCCCCAUCUUUUUGUAGGUCUCGGAAAACUAGAGGGUGACUAAAAAAUACGCUUGAAGGAAGGAGCAAGACCCUUCUCUCUCUCAACUCCAAGGAGAAUUCCGAUACCAUUGCUAAAGCCAGUGAAGGACGAAUUAGAUAGAAUGGCUAGAUUAGGGGUGAUUUCCCAAAUCAAAGAGCCAACAGAAUGGUGUGCUGGGAUGGUCCCUGUUCGGAAGAAAAAUGGUACGGUACGUAUCUGUGUUGACCUCACCCACCUCAAUCAGAGUGUGCAGAGAGAGCGCCACCAGCUACCAGCUGUAGAGCAAGUACUGGCACAACUGACAGGUGCCAAAGUUUUUUCCAAGUUAGAUGCUAAUUCUGGCUUCUGGCAGAUCCCACUAGCACCUGAAUCAGCAAUACUUACCACUUUUAUCACACCCUUUGGAAGGUAUCAGUUUCAUAGAUUGCCCUUUGGUAUAACAUCUGCUCCUGAACACUUCCAGAGAAGGAUGGCUGAGUUACUCAGUGGCAUUAAAGGUACUGUGAGUAUGAUGGAUGAUGUCCUAGUAUUUGGUAAAGACCAAAAGGAGCAUGACUACAAUCUCACAGAAGCACUGACAAGGAUAGAGAAAGCUGGUCUAACAUUAAAUAAAGAAAAAUGUGAGUUUUCAAAAACAACUAUUUCAUUCUUAGGGCAAGUUAUUGAUAAUACAGGAGUCCAUCCAGACCCAAGAAAAGUUUCUGCUAUCAAGAAUGUCCCAACCCCUCAAACUGUGGGAGAAGUACGCCGGUUCUUAGGUAUGGUGAACCAGUUAAGUAAAUUCAUACCCAAUCUAGCAGAGAGAACCAAAUCUAUGAGAGAGCUCCUGCAUAAGAACCGUCAAUGGACUUGGGAGGAACCACAGCAGGAAGCUUUUGAUGCAGUCAAGCUAGCAUCACUUCUUUGUACACCAGCCCUAGCCUUAUAUAGUUCAAAUGCUAAAACAAUCGUGUCAGCUGAUGCUUCUAGUUUUGGGCUAGGAGCAGUGCUACUUCAAGAACAGAAGAAUGGGGAUGUCGAACCUGUAGCAUAUAUUUCACGAUCAUUAUCAGCAACUGAGGAGAGAUACGCUCAAAUAGAGAAAGAAGCUCUUGCUUUCACAUGGGCUUGUGAGCGUUUCUCAGAUUUUCUCAUUGGUAUUCAAUUUUCUAUCCAGACAGAUCACAAACCCCUAGUUCCUCUGUUUAGUACUAAAAGACUGGAAGAGCUACCAGUUAGAGUACAAAGGUUCAGAAUAAGAAUGUUACGAUUUCAUUUCUCUAUUUCUCACGUGCCUGGCAAAGACCUGGUGAUAGCUGAUAUGCUCUCAAGAGCUCCAGAAGGUACACCCAAUGAACAAGACCUGCUUCUAGAGGAGGACACUAGGGCCUUUAUUGAAUACAUCAUGGAGAGUCUCCCUGCUUCAGAGAUCAGAUUAAAGGAAAUUGAAAAGGAGCAAAAGAAGGACCCAGUUUGUGCUAAAAUAGCACAAUACUGUACUAAAGGGUGGCCAGAUAAAGCAAGCCUCUCUGUAUCAUUGAAACAGUACCACUCUCUCUCUUCAGAGAUAUCUAUUGUUAAUGGUCUCCUAAUGAGAAACUCUAGAAUUAUCAUUCCUUCUAAACUUAGACAACAGGUCCUCAAUCAGAUACACACAGGACACCAGGGGCUCACUAAAUGCAGAGAGAGGGCUAGACUAUCUGUCUGGUGGCCUUGCCUGUCUCAGGACAUACAAAGACUCAUUGAAAGAUGUCAUUCCUGUCGUGUGUCUCAAGAGCAGAGAGCUGAACCAUUAAUUUCUUCUCCAUUUCCUGAACUACCUUGGCAGAAGGUGGGGAUGGAUCUUUUUGAAUUCAAGAAAACCACUUACCUUCUGAUUGUUGAUUACUACUCCAGGUAUAUAGAAGUUGCUAAGUUGAGACAUCUAACAGCUGGGGAAGUGGUAUUACAGUGCAAAAGUAUUUUUGCUCGACAUGGUAUACCUGAAGAAGUCAUAUCUGAUAAUGGGCCACAGUUCACUGCACAGUCAUUCUCUGAUUUUUCUUGUGAGUAUCAAUUUCGUCAUAUUACAAGUAGUCCCUAUCAUCCCAUGAGCAAUGGUGAGGCUGAAAGGGCGGUUAAAACAACCAAGUUUUUAUUGAAGAAGGAAGGUGAUCCAUACCUAGCACUGUUGGCGUAUAGAGUCACACCGUUAUCGAAUGGUUACUCACCGUCACAAUUGUUAAUGGGGAGGACACUACGGUCUACUCUCCCAACUACUAGAGAGAAUAGAAAACCACACCUUCCAGAUUGUGAUGUACUAAAGCACAUAGAAGAGGAACAGAGACGAAAACAGAAGGAUCGCUUUGAUUGUCGCCAUGGAGUAAGAGACUUACCAUUAUUAGAACCAGGAGAUGUAGUUUGGCUGUCAGAUCGCCAUGAGAAUGGCACAGUUGAAGAACAAGUUGGUCCUCGCUCUUAUCAAGUGGUAACACUCUCAGGUUCAUACAGAAGGAACAGGCGAAAUUUGGUUACACUGCAACAGCCUAAUGGAAAUGGUAGUGAAACUGUUGGUGAGUCAACACACACAGAGAAUGAGCCGGCUGUAUCCGAAACAACUACUACUACUGCUCCACCUCUCCGAAGGAGUACUAGGAUUACAUUCAAGCCGCUUCAAUAUGAUCCAAGUGCUACUUGACUUAAAAGGGGAGAUGUACUG